GGCAUCCCCCUGCCGUAGCGGGGCGCACGCUGAGGGCAUCCCCCUGCCGUAGCGGGGCGCACGCUGAGGGCAUCCCCCUGCCGGGGCGCCCCUGCCCUCCCUCGGCCUCAGAUGCCCCGAUUAGCGAAGAGGGCGCCGCGGGCUUGCAGGGUUGUGCUGUGCUGGUGUGCGGUUUGCUUUGGUUCCUCCUCAGUUUUCCGCGGCCCCCCUGUCCCCCUGUCCCCGGCCUCCGCAGGGACCGCGCGUGCGCCGCCACCACGCCUGCUCUUGUUUUUAAUCUUUUAUUCAACCCGGGACGGGCGCCAAUCCCCUGCCCCAGCCAUAGAAGCUCCAAGUGUCCGGGUGCCCAAGUGACCCUCAGUGUCCCCCCAGGAGCCCCAGGCUGGGGCCCGGGAGAAGGUGGCCCGGUCCUGGUACUGCACCCGUGGCCUGGUGUCCCUGUCAGCCAAGAUCGACCGCAAGGGCUACACCCCAGGCGAGGCCAUCCCCAUCUUCGCGGAGAUCGACAACGGCUCCACCCGAGCCGUGCAGCCCCGCGCCGCCCUGGUGCAGACGCAGACCUUCAUGGCCCGGGGUGCACGCAAGCAGAAACGCGCCGUGGUGGCCACUGUGGACGGGGCGCCCGUGGGCCCGGGCCACCGCGCGCUGUGGCCGGGUCGCGAGCUGCGCAUCCCCCCGGUGGGCCCGUCCAUCCUGCAGUGCCGCGUGCUCAGCGUGGACUACUCGCUCAAGGUCUGCGUGGACAUCCCGGGCUCGUCCAAGCUGCUGCUGGAGCUGCCGCUGGUGAUCGGCACCGUCCCCCUGCACCCGCUGGGCGGCCGCUCGGCCAGCGUGGGCAGCCGCGCCAGCUUCCCGCGACCCUGGGGCCUGUGCCCCACGAUGGAGUGGCCAGAGGCGCCUCCCGAGUACUCUGCGGUGGUGAGGGGGACCCCGCCGCCCCCCGCCGCCCCCGGCCCCGGCCCCGGCGACCCCGCGGCGGCCCUGGCAGGGCCCUACCUGGCCUGUCUGCAGGAGUUCCGCUACCGGCCGCCUCCGCUGUACUCUGAGGAGGACCCCCACCCACUCUCAGAGGCCGUGAGGCCGCGCUGCAUGACCUGCUGAAGUGUGAGCGACCUCGGUACCAGGUUCGAGAUUCUCCGCCUCUGCAGCCCGGGCUGAGGAGCGGCAGGCGACUUCUGUGACUGGCCGCGCCCCGGGCCUCCAGUUCUCUGCAUCCGACCAGCCAGACGUCCCUAGAGGCCUGUGGUCAGGAGAGACAGUGGGGUAAACGCUUCGUCCCGUGGAACCAGAACCAGGGGAGGCAGAAGGCUGCCAGCGGGUGUCCCAGCUGGGGCUUUGGCGUAUGAACAGGAGCUCGCUCCGCAAGCAGACAAGACAGGAAAGGGUUGGAGCUCAGAGCCCACCGCCCCCAUGUUAGGGUGGGGAGCCCAGGUGUGCAGGGCUUAAUCACGGCCACACUGAGCAGGACAGAGGCCCAGGGACAGACGUGUGGGCAGUGAGGGUCCGGGGUUCCGGCUUCUGAGGCCUGGUGACCGGGUGAGUCCAGAGCUGCGCGUGACCCGCCCGGAGAGGCUCUGCUCAGGGACCCGGGCCGUGGGCCGCCCGGUCACCGCCGCCAGGACCCGCCGUCCCCGCGGUGACCCCGCCACUCUGUACAUUAAAGGCGACUCUGGACGUGG